GGGCAGCCCGCCGACCGGGCGCGGAAGUGUCUGGCGGCCGCGCGCCCUCCCGUCCAGGCCCGCAGACAUGUCGUCUGGGGAUGCGGGGUCCGGUGGGCGGGAGGGGGCCCCCGGCGCGGCCGCCGCGCUCUGCGGCCUGUACCACGAGGCCGGGCAGCGGCUGAGGCGCCUGCAGGACCAGCUGGCCGCCCGAGACGCCCUCAUAGAGCGCCUCCGCGCCCGCCUGGCCGCGCUCGAAGGGGACGCGGCGCCCUCGCUCGUGGACGCGCUGCUGGAGCAGGUGGCGCGCUUCCGGGAGCAGCUCCGGCAGCAGGAGGGCGGCGCGGUGGAGGCCGCGCUGCGCCAGGAAAUUGAGAGACUCGCUGAGCAACUAGAAGAAAAGGAGAGGGAGACCCAGCAGCUGAUGAGCCAGCCAGGACUCGAGCGGGAGCGGGAGGUGGCCCUGCUGCGGAGGCGCGUGGCCGAGAAGGAGCGCGCCCGGGCCGCCAGCGACGUUCUGUGCCGCUCUUUGGCCGACGAGACCCAUCAGCUGCGGAGGACUCUGGCCGCCACUGCCCACAUGUGCCAGCAUCUGGCCAAAAGUCUGGAUGAACUACAGCGCACACAGGGGGCCACGGGGCAGAGGAGCCCUGAGCCAGAAGCUACAGGCAGGGACGCCUCUGUCCGGGCUGCUGUCGAGAAGUUACAGGAAGAAAACCGACGGCUAAAGCAGAAGGUGACUCAUGUGGAAGACCUCAACGCCAAGUGGCAGUGCUAUGACGCCAGCAGGGACGAGUACGUGAGGGGGCUGCAUGCACAGCUGAGGGGGCUGCAGGCCCCCCAGGGGCCCGAGAGGCCGUCCCCUCCCGAGCUGCUGAGGAAGGAGAUCUCCCGGCUCAACAGGCAGCUGGAAGAGCGGGUGAACGACUGCGCGGCCACCAGGCUGGAGCUGGCGGCCAUGAGGACAGCCCGGGAUGCGGCACUGGAGCGGGCGCAGAUGUUGGAGCAGCAGAUUCUCGUGUACAAGGAUGACUUCACAUCAGAAAGGACUGACCGGGAGCGUGCUCAGAGCAGGAUUCAGGAGCUGGAGGAGACGGUGGCAUCCCUGCAGCGCCAGGUGUCCCGGAGACAGGACUGCCAAGACCCAGGCUCCUGCCGGAUUCGCAGCGGGAACAGAAGCCCCAAGUACUUAGAGGCCGAUGCUUUGGACUUCACAGUGCCUGCUGGCCAGCGGCCUGGGGCUGGAUCCCAGUGGCUGGAAGUCCCUGCAGAGGACGGGCGCCCCGGAGCAGCCCGCAGAGGCCAGGGGGACCUGCAGUGCCCCCACUGCCUGCGGUGUUUCGACGACGAGCAGGGUGAGGAGCUGCUCAGGCACGUGGCCGAGUGCUGCCAGUGAGCUCCUGGCGGCGGGACAGGCUGCGUACUCCCAGCUGCAGCGCUGAGGUCCCCGAGACCGGGCACCCGCAACAGGCUGCCGGGCUCUGACUGUUCGCCUUGGGCCCACUCAAGCCGUGGAACAGACUGGGUCAGAGGGACUGCCAACAGGGAGGAGGCAGGGUUGGGGGCAUCUGUGCUCCGAAGGCCCAGCUUUGCUUCUAAUGUGGGGUUUGGGUCCCCAAGAUGUCAGGCCAAUGCCGAAGCCAACGUGACAGCCCUGCCCCAGCCUGCCCCUCGGACGUUGCAGCUUCCUGGCAGAGGGGCCGGUGUCGAGGGUAGAAGUCCCAUUUUGGGGACCAGGUUUGUGGAGCUGAGCCUGCAGCGGCUCCUGGCUCCUGGGGGCCCUUCGUGGCCAUAGCAGAGCCACACGUCUGCACUGAAAUACAGGGCACUGCAGUAGCAUUGGUCAUACAUCAGAAGUUAGCACAUUUAGUUCCUAGUCACUGAUUUCAUAAUAAAUGUAUUUGCUGCCAUGA